GCCUCUCCGAGCAGACUCACUUCCCUGCCUUUGGAGCGGUGCCUGCACGCAGCGAUGCUAACAGAGCCACUCCGCGGGCGGUCCCCAGAGGCAGGACAGACGUCUGCACCCGCCGGAAAGUGAGACGGUCAUCUAGAGGCGCCGAGAGGAGCGGAAGUGGAUGGAGCGCCAGGCCCCAGGGAGCACGGGCCAGGCGUGCAGAUAAAUCACGGACAGUAGCUGCACUGACCGUUCGGGAUCGGCACUGAGUGCCAAAUGCCGACGCAGGCAGCCAAGUUCUGGGAAAAGAAAUCCGAUCCGGGCGCGGCAGCGGUGGUACAAAGUGAGACCCAGCAGAGCAGGCGGGGAGGGGCUGACAGCCCCGAUGGAGCCUCCUCUCGGGGCGGGCGCUCGGGCACUGGCUGAAGUCUUACCUGGUCCCCGCCCUGCCUGAGAAGGUACAGGCGUCUCCGCUCUACAGGAGAGAAAACUGAGGCUCACCGCAGCUUCACGGAGUCAUGUAAGGACUGAGGUGGGAUUCCAAGCCCGGUCAUCUGCUCUCCCCCACCCAGAGCGAGUAGGGAUCUGCAGCAGUGACUCCAAGCCCGUCACAAAGCAGACGUGUUCCCGGUUUCGAUGUGGGCGCUGCAACCGAGAGGAAACCCGGGGGAGAAAUGGGCUGACUCGGACGCGCUGGACAUCAGCACCAAAGUGCAGCUCUAUGGUGUGCUGUGGAAGCGGCCCUUCGGGAGGCCGUCGGCCAAAUGGUCCCGACGGUUUUUCAUCAUCAAAGAGAGCUUUCUUCUUUACUACUCUGAGAGUGAAAAAAAGAGCUUUGAAACCAACAAAUACUUCAAUAUACAUCCUAAGGGUGUCAUCCCUCUGGGGGGCUGCCUGGUGGAGGCUAAGGAAGAGCCCAGCAUGCCCUAUGCCAUGAAAAUCUCCCACCAGGAUUUCCACGGGAACAUCUUGCUGGCUGCCGAGUCGGAGUUUGAGCAGACCCAGUGGCUGGAGAUGCUGCAGGAGUCUGGGAAGGUGACUUGGAAGAAUGCCCAGCUGGGAGAAGCCAUGAUCAAAAGCCUAGAGGCCCAGGGGCUGCAGCUGGCCAAGGAGAAGCAGGAGUAUUUAGACAAACUGAUGGAAGAGACUGAAGAACUCUGCCUUCAGAGGGAGCAGAGAGAGGAGCUUGAGCGCCUGAACCAGGUGCUGGAGGCCGAGAAGCAGCAGUUUGAGGAGGUGGUACAGGAGCUGAAGAUGGAACAGGAGCAGAUCAAGAGGGAGCUAGAACUGACUGCAAGAUGCCUCAAGGGUGUGGAACAAGAGAAAAAGGAGCUGAGGCGCCUCACAGAGUCCUUACAGCAGAUGCUGGAGGAACUCUCCAUAGAGAAGAAGAAAACCCUGGAAAUGCUGGAGGAGAAUGAGAACCAGCUGCAGACACUGGCCAAUCAGAGCGAGGAGCCCCCUCCCAGUGGGGGUCUCCAUAGCAACCUGAGGCAGAUAGAGGAGAAGAUGCAGCAGCUCUUGGAGGAGAAGCUCCUGGCGGAGAAGCGGAUGAAGGAGAACGAGGAACGCUCGCGGGCCCUGGAGGAGGAGCGGGAGUUCUAUUCCAGCCAAUCCCAGGCGCUGCAGAACUCGCUGCAGGAGCUGACGGCGGAGAAGCAGCAGGCCGAGCGGGAGCUCAAGGCUGAGGUGAAGGUCCGCGUGGAACUGGAGAGGCGUCUGCGGGAGGCAGAGGGGGCCUUGCGGAGCCUGGAACAAGGGCUCAACUCCAAGGUGCGGAACAAGCAGAAGGAGGAGAGGAUGCGGGCUGACGUGAGCCACCUGAAGAGGUUCUUUGAAGAGUGCAUCCGGAAUGCGGAGCUGGAGGCCAAGAUGCCGGUCAUCAUGAAGAACUCCGUGUACAUCCACAAGGCGGCCACUCGCCGCAUCAAGAGCUGCCGCUUCCACCGGCGCCGGUCCAGCACCUCCUGGAAUGACGUGAAGCCGUCCCAGUCCUUCAUGACCUCCCAGCUGGAAGCCAACAACAUACAGGAGCUGAAGGAGGUGGCCAAGCGGCUCAGCCGGGACCAGCGCUUCCGCGAGUCCAUCUACCACAUCAUGGCGACCCAGCCUGGAGCCCCCUCUGCGCUUCCCCCGGUGGGAAAGUGAUGGGCGCCCCUCCCCGCCGCCCAGGUCCUUCCUCACUGGGGGCAGGAGGGAGGGGGAGGGGGAGGCCUGACUCUCCGCGGCUCCUCUCUGCCAGCGCUCCACGUGGGGGCCGGCCUCACCCGCAAAGGACAGGGGCGCCACCUCCCUUACCCUCACCCCAGACCCUACCCUUGGGUCAGCUCAGGCCAAGCUGGGUGCCGCCUGGUUGUCAUGGUGAAGCAAGGAUGCGGCCUGGCGGCACGGAGAGACUUUUCUGGCCGGGGAGCGGGAUGGGCAGGGCAGGGCCCACCACCUUCUGCCGUGCCCGCUGUACUUCUCUGUGACUCUGCCGCCCUGCCCACCUUGACCCUUGCUUCCCAGGGCUUCCCAACCCUCUUUGCUUCUGAGAGCCACAGGCGUCCCUCGGUCAAGGCCCCUCUUUGACCACACCGCGGGGCAGGGAAGAAAGGGAGCUGGCACAGCCGCUUCUGGGCCGGUGGCCUGCCACCCUCGCCAGACACACCGUUCCCGGGGCCGGGCCCUGGCUGUGGGGCCACCCACUCCCUGCCCUACUCAGGGUGACUCGCCCACCUGCAGCCUCCGCGCCCUCCAGGGAAGAUGUGGCCCCGACAUUCCUCCUGUGCAUGUACCGAGGGCCCUGGGCGGGAGGGAGCUGUGGCCAGCAGCGAAACUGAGGUCUCUCCCAGAGGACAGGCAGCAAGUCAGCGAGUGGAAGAAGGCGGCGGGCUCCUGCAUUAUCCACUCCUGGCCCAGCAGGGAGGCUGCUCCCUCUGGCUGCCAUGGCCCUGCUGGGCUGCGGGACCCCAGAGGUCUCCCUCCCAGCUGCCCUUCCUUCGGUCACCUUGCUGCCUCCUCUCCUGUAGAGGCUUUACCCAGUGAAACAAUGUGACCACGAGCCCUGGAAGAUGGGGGGCCAUUGGUUGGCCCAGGGUCAUCAGAGGCGAAGCUGAAACAUCUGUUCGCAGCUUUUGUGGGAGACACUGCCCUCCAGGGUGCUAAGGACUGUGUGUCCCUCUCCCAUGGACAGACUGUCUGGCUCCUCUCCCUCCAGGCCUUCCCUCCGAAACUGCCUGAGUCUGUUGGUCUCUCCAGAAAAGGGGUCUCCCUGGGGUCAGGGUGCUCAGGGGCACGGGUAGUAUUAAAGGUGCUGAUGGUCUGCUGCUUGGACAAUGGAGCCCAGUCUGAGAGGUGGACAGAUGGCUGCAGGGCAGGGGCCUGCAGCCUGUUCUGUGGGAAAAGGAAUGUUACUGACUCAAAACAUGGGCGUGUCUACGGCUGGGCCAGCCAAGGCCAGGCAGGCUGCCCUGCUCUGCGGGCAGGACUGCCUGGUGAAAUGAACCUCAUCAGUCCCUUCUCAGCGGUGGGUGGACUUGGAUGGCCUCAGCCAGUCUCUUACGAGCCUAGGUGGGAAUAGGGGUGGAGGUGCUUCAGAAUCAAUGCAUCUGAAAGGCAUGAGUCUCAAUGUCAAAGCUUUAAACGUGUAGAAACCUGCAUAAACCUGAACUCAUUGACCUAACGUGUCUGUAGGAUGGACUUUAAAAUGAGGAAGCUUUAGAAACCAAGAUUACUAUUUUAUUUUCUGUUUUUAAAGAAUUAAAUUAAUAAUGGUUUGUUCUUGGAGAGAGAUCUUUCCGAAAUUUUCAAACGCACUUCCCGGCCUGGGCAAGCUAUUCACCAGAGAGGAAAGUGCUUUCUAACGCACAUUCACGAAUCUCUAAUUUCUUCCCUCCUAUCUCACCCUGUACUUUCCACGCCUCAGGCAAGUCUGUGUUAUCGUCAACCAACGGAUCAAUCCAUAAGUAUUUAUUUGUUAAAAACUUACUCUGUACCUAGCACUGUAAAUAGAGAAAGAGUAACAUCCCUAUGUGAGAAUAUGUAGGGGUGAAAAUUACUUACUGGAAAUAUAUGGACCUGAUUUUUUACAGAAACAAAACCCUGUUCCUCGGCCGAUUAAAAGGGUUUCCUGCCGCGUCGCUUGCACUGUGGUCAUUGCUAGAGAGAUGUUGCCCCCUGCAGGCUGAAUGUGGAAUUAUGGAAUUGGCUGCUUGUGCUCAUUGGCACACACGUUUUCCUCCCUAUGAGGAAGUACUCCCCAUUGCUGCACCUCCAGGGAGUGGCUUCUUAAUAACUGAAAAAUCUGUGUUCCCGCCCUGAGGUCCUGGCUGUCCCCUUGUAACAAGGACUACCAGCCAGAUUUUCUUCUGAUUUGAGCACAGACCAAAAGGGACAGAGCUGACUGCGCCCAUGGGAAUAGCCUUAGGCAGGCAAAGGGUGCCUAGUUUGAUGGCUUGCUAGUUUUGGUGUCCCUAUUGGAAACUGACAGUUCUACCUGCUCUGAUGAGGAGAGGCGUAUGCUUUUGUUUUGUAAUUGUGUAAGGGAGGGAGAGAAAUGGUGAUGACUGGGUUCUCCUCCUGUUUGAUCUGUUCCUUCACUGGGGAAUGGAUGAUCUAUAUCGUAGCCCUUUAUAUGAUGUUUCCCAGCAUAAUUAUUAAUGACUCCCCCUUUUGCUAUCACAAGGGUCCCAGUUUGGAUGGUAUUUCCAUGGUCAUCUUAGCUUUAGUGCUUUUCUCCAGUGAAAUGUUAAUGGGUGAGGCAAGAGAUCUGCAAAGUGUAAAACACUUGUGUUCUGAUCUACUCUCCAGCUCCCAGUUCCUGGGAAGGAUCCACUGCCUGUAUUUGUCUCUGGAGGGAUGUGAUUCUUGCCCCCAUCCACCCUAUCUCACCCAGCCCAGCAUGACCUGGGCAGCCCGUGGGUGCUUGGGUACCAUCCACGUGAGAUUUGGAGCCUACAAUCAAUGAUGAAGGUGAAACUGAAACUUGCUCGAGCCCAGGGUGGGUCAGAGUUGGUCUAAUUGGAAGGUAGUUAUUAAACCCAUCAAACAAAGGAGACCUCGGAUAAAGGCCAGCAGUCCCUGGGGACCCUUGUGCUUCUGCAUUAAGCCAGGAUGAAGCCACUCAGACCCCCAGGAUGCAGCAAGGGCUCUCCAAGAUCAGAAACCCUAUGGCUUUGACUCUUGGGGGGGGAAAGAUGCCGACUUCUCUUAUCUCAUCCCACACCUGGGAGCAGAGGUGAAGGGGUGUCCUUUGCAAGCCUUUGGGAGAGGGUACAGUGGUAUCCUUUUGUUCUUGCCACUUAGAAAUAGAGGUCUGGAGUGGUCCCAGACAACCAAAGCAACUGGGAGAAACUGGUUGUUCAAACAUCCACGUGGCUGUGGACGGGUGCGGUGUAGCGCCCCAGGUUUGGUCCUCCUGACUCUUUGCACAUCCCAUCUCCCCUUCUCUUCCCUAGACUUGGGCUUCCACUCAUUGCUACCAACUCCUCUGGCCCCAAAAAUGAGCUUCCCUCUCCAUCCCGCUGGGUUAAAGUUGUUCAGGGGAAGUUCGGGAAGCACUCCAAGCCCAGAAAUCCUGGGGGCGGGAGGGUCUUAAUAAACUCCAUCCCCUUGGGAUGAAUUCUACCUGCAACGGCCACCAAUGUUUCAAUGCAGUCCGGCAUUCCGUGUGUCCUGGACAAUCAGGCAGCGAAGCUGUUGUGAGUCAGGGCUGCUCAAAGGCCAGUGCUCGGCCACAGGGGCUCCAGGAGCUGUCCGGGCAGUUGCAGAGCCAGCCAGCGAGUUUGGGGCUCAGGUUCUCUGCCUUGCUUGCCCUGGAGGAUCUGACACCUACCUCUGGGCCGAGAGUCCUGCUAUGAACAGACUCAACCUGCCCUGUUAUCCUGGCAAAAACUAGGACCGAUGGGCCUUGGAGUGACACUGACCACAGGAGAGCCUUUCCUCUUGCAGGGCAGUGACCCCAUCACAAGGCACUGAGGGGAGGAACUUGUCCCACACUCUGCCUGCUGCUCCCCAGGGGGUGGGGCUGGUUAGCCUUGUCUCACUGCUUCCUGUUCUGGAGCUUUUGAUAAGCCACUGUUUUAAAUGUUUUUUGUACUUAUAUAUUUUUAUUAGAUAGGACAUAAAUCUCUUAAAUCUCACGAGGCUGCUCAAAGCCCUUGCAGUUUUGAAGUUCUAUGAUCUGAGAACUUGUAGCCAUGGAAUCAACAAAGACAUGGCCGCCACCGACAGCACUGACCGGGAAGAUACAGUUCUCAGGGAUGACGUUCCAGCUUAGGUUGAACUUGGAGCCAUGCUGUUGUCAGAAGGGAUGAGAGGAGGAAAGUUUAGGGUUGAGAUGAGAACAGGAAGGAUAACUGAUUUAUCACCCCAAGGAGAAGGUCAGUUGGAAGGCUGUCCUGGGAAAGGGAAGAUGUCCGUUCUCAUGUUCACCCUGACGUCUGAGAUCACCUGUCAGCAUCACUUCUUCCCAUCUUCCUUCAACAAAUAUUUAUUAUGAUUCUAUUGCAUGAAGUCAAGCACCUACUAUGUGCUUAUUAUCCCUAUCACUUACUGUUUUUUUUUUUAUUGUGAUAAAAUAUACAUAACAUAAAAGUUUCCAUUUUGGGGACUUCCUUAGUGGCGCAGUGGUUAAGAAUCCACCUCCCAGUGCAGGGAACAUGGGUUCGAUCCCUGGUCUGGGAAGAUCCCGCACGCCGUGGAGCAACUAAGCCCAUGCGCCACAACUACUGAGCCUGCGCUCUAGAGCCCGCGAGCCACAACUACUGAAGCCUGCGCACCUACAGCCCGUGCUCCACAACAAGAGAAGCCACUGCGAUGAGAAGCCCGCACGCAGCAACGAAGACACGUGCAGCCAAAAAUAAAUUAAUUUAAAAACAUGUAUAUAUAUAAAAGUUACCAUUUUAAGUGUAUAGUUCAAUGGUGUUAAGUAUAGUCACAUUGUUGUACAACGAAUCUCCAGAACUCGUCAUCUUGCAAAACUGAAACUCUACACCCCUUUUUUUUGGCUGUGCCAUGGAGUAUGUGGGAUCUUAGUUCCCUGACCAGGGAUUGAACCUGUGCCCCCCCACAGUGGAAGCCUGGAGUCUUAAUCACUGGGCCGCCAGGGAAGCCCUCUACACCCAUUAAACAACUCUCCAUUUCCCCUCCCCCGCAGCCUCUGGCAACCACCAUUCCACUUCCUGUUUCUAUGAAUGUGACGACUUUAGUUACCUCGUGUAAGUUGAAUCGUACAAUAUUUGUCUUUUUUGUGAUGGCUUAUUUCGCUUAGCAUAAUGUCCUCAAGAUUCAUCCAUGUUGUAGCAUGUGUAGGAAUUUUCUUCCCUUUUAAGCCUGAAUAAUAGCCUAUCACUUACUUUUAAAAAGAAAAAUGGGUAGACAUCUUAUUUUUCUCAUAAAUUGCUGUCAGGGGUGAGGGCCCUGCCCUUCUUAAAGGGUAAGAGAGUCACAGCUGAGCGGAAGCUGGGUCCCUAUGCUUCCCUUUUUCCACGUUGCUCCUUGUGAUGGCUUCAUGUCGAGGGAUGCUUUGGUGUGCACCUCCUCCUUGUCCCCAGCAGAUGGCAGCAUGCUCUGAGCUGGGCCAGCAAAUUCCAGUGGGAAAGUGAACUGAGGCUCUCAAAGAAAAGGGAGGGCUUUGUGACAAGGCCGAGGUUCCGCAUUAUUGGUGUGAGUCUCCCAGCUGUUCUCCCCUUUAAGACAUGAAACAAAAGUCUCUGCUACAGCCAACAUGUAUUCAGUCUAUUGUGGACCAUGCACUUUCACACUGAGCUCUCUCUUUUGUCCUCACAACAUCCCUCUCCUUGAUUUACAGAAAAAUGAACCCCAAGGUCACACAGCUUCUAAAUGGAGUUUCACGUAUUUGAGUUCAUGGCCAGUGUUCUUUCUAGCAUAUGUAAUAUUAAUGUGGAAUAUUAGUAUGUAAAAUAUUAUGUGUAAAGAUGUAAAUUGUUACAUGUAAAUUAUUUUCAGUGAGCUUCCUCCUUCCCUUCCUUCCUUCAACAAAUAUACUGAGCUCCUCUGUGUUCUAGGCCCAGAGUCUCCACACAGAUAUUUUCUAUCAAGGGUUCUUAAGUUAUUGAUUCAGGGGCUUGGUAACUGACAGUCUCCCUAGAACUCUUCCUUUCUGAAAGUGUGGCUAGUCCAGUAUAGGAGGUCCUGAGGGUCAGAGCUUCUCAUCCUAAGGGCUUUGCAAAGCAGCGAGGCCUUUUCUCGCUGUCUCCAACCACUUCCAGACUGGCAGUGUCCUGACCUUCACCUUCCUUUGCCCUUCCCCCUCCCCAGCCCAGUGUCCUCCGGAACAUAAGAGUCCUCUCAGGGUGGGAGUAAGCAGCCCAUGGGAAGGCCCUGGGCUGGGAAUCUAGAGGCCCGUGUGUUCCUGUAAAGCCAGUGAUUAAUCCUGAGAGAGGGGCAAGCCAUCUGACCUCCCCUUGAUUAAAUGAGGAUGUGAAAUUAGACGCUCUCAAAAUCCUCCUUGUGGGAGAGGGAUAGAUUUAGAGUUUGGGAUUGACAUGUACACAUUGCUAUAUUCAAAAUAGAUAUCCGAGACUUCCCUGGUGGUGCAGUGGUUAAGAAUCCGCCUGCCAAUGCAGGGGACACGUGUUCAAGCACUGGUCCAGGAAGAUCCCAUAUGCCGUGGAGCAGCUAAGCCUGCGAGCUACAGCUACUGAAGCCCGCGUGCCUAGAGCCCAUGCUCCACAACAAGAGAAGCCACUGCAAUGAGAAGCCCGCGCACCGCAACGAAGAGUAGCCCCUGCUCACCGCAGCUAGAGAAAGCAGGCACGCAGCAACGAAGACCCAACGCAGCCAAAAAUAAAUAAAUAAAUUUAUUUAAAAAAAAAAAAGAUAGUCAACAAGGAC